GGGGGAAGGGCCUACUCGAGCUGGAGCCGAGAGAGCGGACAAACUUGCGUAGUCUUCACCACGGUUGUCUCUGCCUGUCUCUCUCUCUCUAUGGACGGCCAGAGGACAGGGGAGGAAACGGGGAUCGUCGGGACCGGAGCGGUUUUCCAGGACCUAGCGAUGAUUUAAUCACAGAGGAGGAGACAGAAACCCGGGGGUUUGUGGGGAAAAAAAGGGAGAAAGGGGAGCGCGAGAGGAGAGCCGUUGGAGCAGCAGCCGUUGGAGAUGUGCGGUCGAGGCCGAGAUUGCGGCGGUAUCCCUGUCUAGGCCUGCACUGAGCAGAUUGUUCUGAGAGGAAACGGACAACAAACAGGGGAAGUGAACAUGGCCGGGACCUCGAGCUUCUUUUCCAACGGGCCCGUCCCGUGGACGGACAACGACGCGGAGAUGAACAACCUGUACCGGGACCUGGAGCUGGGGACGGUGCUCACGCUCUUCUACUCCAAGAAGUCCCAGCGGCCCGAGAGACGGACGUUUCAAGUCAAGCUGGAGACCAGGACUAUUAUCUGGACCCGGGGCACGGAUAAGAUCGAGGGAGAGAUUGACAUCCGUGAGAUCAAAGAGAUCCGUCCUGGACAGAAGUCACGUGACUUCGAGCGUUACGUGGAGGACUCGGCGACGAGGCUGGAGCAGGCUCACUGCUUCGUCAUCCUGUACGGCACCGAGUUUCGCCUCAAGUCCCUGAGCCUGGCAGCUACGUCGGAUGAGGAGAUGACCAUGUGGGUGAAAGGGUUGAACUCUCUGGUGGUCGACACACUGAAGUCUCCGACGCCGCUCCAGAUAGAGAGGUGGUUGCGUAAGCAGUUCUACGCCGUUGAUCGCAACAGAGAAGACCGGAUAUCCUGCAAGGAUCUGAAGAGCAUGCUGAGCCAGGUCAACUACAGGGUGCCCAACAUGAGGUUCCUCCGAGAGAAACUUCCGGACUCAGAGUUGAGGAACGGAGACGUGUCCUUCAGCCAGUUCGCUCAGCUCUACCGCAGCCUCAUGUUUGAUGCUCAGAAAAACAUGGAGAUCCCGUUAAUUCAGAGGUUCAUUGACAGACCAGAACAGAAGAUCUCCCUCGACGACUUCAAGGGCUUCCUCCUGGAGUCCCAGCAGGAGUUGUGGGCCGCCGACAACGACAAAGUUCAGGAGUUUAUGUUCGGGUACCUGAAAGACCCGCUGAGAGAAGUGGAGCAGCCUUAUUUCCACCAGGACGAGUACCUGACGUACCUGUUCUCCAAAGAGAACACCGUCUGGGAAUCCUCCCUGGACCAGGUGUGUCCUGACAACAUGAGCAACCCUCUGUCCCACUACUGGAUCUCCUCUUCGCACAACACCUACCUGACGGGAGACCAGUUUUCCAGCGAGUCGUCUCUGGAGGCGUACGCUCGCUGUCUGAGGAUGGGCUGCCGCUGUAUCGAACUGGACUGCUGGGAUGGUCCAGACGGAAUGCCAGUCAUCUACCACGGACACACCCUCACGACCAAAAUCAAGUUUUGCGACGUGUUGACCACCAUCAAAGAGCACGCCUUCGUCACCUCCGAAUAUCCCAUCAUCCUGUCCAUCGAGGACCACUGUAGUAUUGUGCAGCAAAGGAACAUGGCCACUUACUUUAAGAAGGUGUUUGGAGACAUGCUGCUCACCAAGGCGGUGGACAUCGCGGCGGACGGCCUGCCGUCGCCCAACCAGCUCAAGAAGAAGAUCCUCAUCAAGCAUAAGAAGCUCGCAGAAGGCAGCGCCUACGAGGAGGUAUCCACCUCCACUCCCUACUCGGAGAACGAUAUCAGCAACUCCAUCAAAAACGGCAUCCUGUACCUGGAAGACCCCAUUAAUCAUGAGUGGUACUCUCAUUUCUUUGUCCUGACCAGCAGUAAGAUCUACUACUCGGAGGAGACCUCCAGUAACCAGGGAAAUGAUGAUGAGGAGGAGCACCGAGAGGUGUCCAACGGUAUGGACCAGCACGUGACCGAGAAGUGGUUCCACGGGAAGCUGGGCGCCGGGCGAGACGGGCGGCAGAUAGCCGAGAGGCUGCUGUCGGAGUACUGCCUGGAGACCGGAGCUCCAGACGGGUCCUUCCUGGUCCGAGAGAGCGAGACCUUUGUGGGAGACUACACGCUGUCCUUCUGGCGUUCGGGUCGAGUGCAACACUGUCGCAUCCACUCUCGCCAGGAGGCGGGAAGCCCCAAGUUCUACCUGACCGACAACCUGGUGUUCGACACGCUCUUCGCCCUGAUCAACCACUACCAGCAGGUGGCGCUGCGCUGCAACGAGUUUGAGAUGAAGCUGACCGAGCCGGUGCCUCAGACCAAUGCUCACGAGAGCAAAGAGUGGUACCAUGCCAACCUCUCCAGGAGCCAUGCAGAAAACAUGCUGAUGAGGGUUCCACGUGACGGGGCUUUCCUGGUGAGGAAGAGGACGGAAGCCAAUUCGUUUGCCAUUUCCUUCAGGGCGGAGGGAAAGAUAAAGCACUGUCGCGUGCAGCAGGAGGGUCAGAACGUGGUGCUGGGCACCUCGGAGUUCGACAGCCUCGUGGAUCUCAUCAGCUACUACGAGAAGCACCCGCUGUACCGCAAGAUGAAGCUGCGCUAUCCCAUCAACGAGGACACGCUGGAGAAGAUAGGCACUGCGGAGCCCGACUACGGGUCGCUGUACGAGGGCAGGAACCCAGGCUUCUACGUGGAGGCCAACCAAAUGCCAACGUUUAAGUGCACAGUGAGAGCCAUGUACGAGUACAAAGCCCAGAGAGACGAUGAGCUCUCCUUCAUCAAGAAUGCCGUCAUCUCUAAUGUGGACAAACAGGAAGGAGGAUGGUGGAAGGGAGACUGUGGAGGGAAGAAGCAGCUGUGGUUUCCUGCUAACUACGUGGAGGAGAUCAGCCCGUCAGCGGCGGAGCCCGAUAGAACUGAGAUGACAGAAAACAGCCCGCUGGGAGAUCUGCUGAGAGGAAGCGUGGAAGUGUCUUCCUGUCAGAUCGUUGUGCGUCCUGACGGGAAGGGCAGCCGGCCUCACGUCUUCUCCCUGGUGCCGAACGCCUCCAUGAGGACGGGCCCGGUGCUGGACGUCGCCGCCAGCAGCCAGGAAGAGCUCAAGGAAUGGGUGUUCAAGAUCCGCGAGGUCACAAUGACAUCAGAGGCCAAGCUGGAGGAAGGGAAGAUGAUGGAGAGGAGGAAGAAGAUUGCACUGGAAUUGUCCGACCUGGUCAUCUACUGUAGGCCGGUGCCGUUUGAUGAAGACAAGAUCGGCACAGAGCGGGCCUGUUUCCGGGACAUGUCGUCCUUCCCCGAGACCAAGGCGGAGAAGUACGUCAACAAGAUCAAGGGGAAGAAGUUCCUGCAGUACAACCGGCUGCAGCUGUCCAGGAUCUACCCGAGAGGCCAGAGACUUGACUCGUCCAACUACGACCCUCUGCCCAUGUGGCUCUGUGGGUCACAGCUGGUGGCGCUCAACUUCCAGACAGCAGACAAGCCCAUGCAAAUGAACCAGGCUCUGUUCAUGCUGAACGGAAGGAGCGGCUACGUCCUCCAGCCGCCCAUCAUGAGGGACGACAGCUUUGAUCCCUUCGACCGACACACGCUACAAGGCCUCGAACAAGUCACUCUAGAGAUAGAGGUUUUGGGCGCCCGACACCUCCCCAAACACGGACGCGGCAUCGUGUGUCCUCUGAUCGAGAUCGAGGUGUGCGGGGCGGAUUACGACAGCGCCAAGCAGAAGACCGACUCGGAAGCCGAUAACGGUCUGAACCCCACGUGGCCCCGGAAGGCGUUCCAGUUCGCGGUCUGCAACCCGGCCUUCGCCUACCUGCGCUUUGUGGUUUACGAGAUCGACAUGUUCAAUGACCAGAACUUCCUGGCUCAGGCCACGUUCCCCAUUCACAGCCUGAAGACAGGGUACCGGUCGGUUCCUCUCAAGAACAGCUACAAUGAGGAUCUGGAGUUGGCCUCUCUGUUGGUCCACAUGGACCUCAUCAGAGGCAGGGAUGAGAACGGAGAGGUUCUGAGUCCGUUCCUCCCGGUUGGCUCCACGGUGUCGGCGGCGGUGGUGGCGUCCACCCAAGCGGGUCGGGACCGUUUGGGGGACUUGAGCUCGGUGUCCUCGGCAUCCUCCGUCGCGUCCCCCGUGGUGCCCCCGGCGCCGGCCCAGGCCGUGGCCUUCGGGGGUCGAGAGGCCUCCUUCGAGUCUCGCUACCAGUCCCCUCUGGAGGACUUCAGGGUGUCCCAGGAGGCCCUGUUGGACCACAUGGACCCGCAGAACAGACAGACCAGGAUGUUGCGGAGGACCAGAGUGGGCGGAGAGAACCAUUUCUAAGUCCAAGCCAAUCAGGACGCGUUAAACACCCCCCCCCCC